AGACAAAACUUUCCCCGCGACCUCGCAUUCAAGGAAGAAGAAAGAUGCGAUGGCCCUGGUCAGGCAACGAUGAUGACGACGAAAAGAAGAGCGGCCUUCCUUCACGGACCGCGCCAACAAAGUCGACCAGUUUUGCAGGGUCAUGGACUGAACUGCGGACCCUGAUUCCGUCUCUCGCGCUAACAGCAUCAAUGGUUACUGCGCUCCGUUUCUACAAGGCCUAUCUACGACGAAUACCAACAGUGAACCAUAUCAAACCAGACUACUUCCGUCGCAGAAGUCUAUUUGGCCAAGUCACUAGCGUAGGGGACGCGGAUAAUUUCAGAUUUUACCACACGCCUGGCGGGAGAAUAGCUGGAUGGGGAUGGCUACCUUGGAAGAGGGUGCCUACUACAAAAGAGGGUUUGGCUCAGCAAACACUUCAUAUACGCAUCGCUGGAGUGGACGCGCCUGAACUUGCGCACUGGGGCCGAGAGGCUCAGCCUUUUGCAAAGGAGGCCCAAGACUGGCUCAUCGGCCUUAUCCAUCAUCGCCGAGUACGCGUAUACAUAUAUAGGCGUGACCAGUACGACCGCGUGGUAGCCCAAGUUUAUGUGCGCCGAUGGUUCUUCAAGAAGGACGUGGGAUUGGAGAUGUUAAAGGCGGGAUUGGCGACGAUAUAUGAAGCCAAAUCAGGCGCAGAGUUUGGAACUGCUGAAGACCAGUACCGCGCAGCAGAGAAGAAGGCUCGAGAGGAUCAGGUUGGAAUGUGGGGCAAGCCGAGUCUGAGGCAGCGACUGAGCGGUGUGCCGAAGAAAGCAUUAGAGAGCCCGCGGGAGUACAAAGCGCGGCAUGCAGCAGCCGACAAAGCAAAAAAGGCAGGGUGAGAUGAGUCUACCGCGAGGAGAACGCGACAUGUCCAUGUACUAGACACGGGAGGAGAUUGGCGCUGCGAUCGAGGCAGUCUCACUCAUGGCACUGGCUCGAUGCUAGUGAGCAGUAUUUCGCCGUGCUACGGGCCGAGGACUCCACAAAGCUUCUCAAGAAAACUUGGAGUCCAUCGAUGACUGUGCUAUUGCAGUUGCAAAAUCUGUCAAUGUUGUUGGCUAGCUCCACGAGGCCGCCAGGAAAUAGUUUAGGGUUGGUCGGGCAACGAAUCAUGCCAAAUGCCCUGGGGGAAAAAUACGACUACCCUUGAAGCGUGCCCGAGUCUCAAAGUAGUAAUGCAAUAUCGAUGCAGGUGCGCCAAGGCACACAAGCUAGCACCCG